UGGAGCCGCACAACAAGCUCGAGAGGCAGAAAGCACCGACGUACGGAGAUCCGCCGUGUCGUCCCUUUAACUCUACAGCGUACCACUGACUGACAAAACCCGCAGCCAUGAAGGAGAAGACAAUUUUCCCCCUUUGGAUGCAACUUUUCGCUGCUUGUCUCGUGUUUGGGGUGAAGGGUGAUUACUGUAAGGUGAACGUGUGCAGUAAUGGUGGAACCUGUGUUUCCGGAGCAGGAGCUCCAUUCAUCUGUAUCUGCCCUGACGGCUUCACUGGAGAAACUUGCUCCGAGACUGAGACUGGGCCCUGCAACCCCAACCCGUGCAAGAACGAUGCCACUUGUGACGAGAGGGGUCACUCUCGUCGAGGUGACGUCUUCAUCGAGUACGUCUGCAAGUGCCAGCCAGGCUUUGAUGGAGUCCACUGCCAGAACAGUGUCCAAGGUGCAGAUUUCAGUUCAAGCAAAGAUGUGAAUGACUGUGCCGUCCAGCCAUGCCAGAACGGUGGUACCUGCAGGGACCUGGAGGGAGAUUUUAAAUGCCACUGCCCAUCCCCUUAUGUGGGAAAAAACUGCCAACUGCGCUGUAUUUCUUUGCUCGGCAUGGAGGGAGGGGGCAUCGCUGAGUCUCAGAUCUCAGCCUCAUCGGUUCGUUACACCAUGUUGGGCAUACAGCGAUGGGGACCUGAGCUCUCCCGCCUUAACAACAAGGGACUGGUUAACGCCUGGAGCCCUGCUGCACAUGACAAGAACCCAUGGAUACAGAUCAACAUGCAAAGAAAGAUGCGAUUUACAGGCAUGGUGACGCAGGGGGCCAGUCGCAUUGGAACAGCAGAGUUCAUCAAGGCCUUCAAGGUGGCCUCCAGCCUGGACGGAAAGACUUACACGGUGUACAGGACAGAGGGAGAGAAGAAGGACCGUGUUUUUGUUGGAAACGUGGACAACGACAGCACCAAGACAAACCUGUUCGAUCCUCCCAUCAUCGCUCAGUACAUCCGCAUCAUCCCUGUGGUGUGUCGUAAAGCCUGCACAAUGCGCAUGGAGCUGGUGGGCUGCGAGCUCAACGGUUGUUCAGAGCCAAUGGGCAUGAAAUCCCGGCUGGUGACUAAUCGCCAGAUCACGGCCUCCAGCACCUUCCGCACCUGGGGCAUAGAGUCCUUCACAUGGCACCCUCACUACGCCCGCCUGGACAAACAGGGCAAGACCAACGCCUGGACCGCCGCCUCCAACAACCGAUCUGAGUGGCUGCAGGUGGACCUGGAGUCUCCCAAGAAGAUUACAGGAAUCAUCACACAGGGGGCCAAAGACUUUGGCUCCAUCCAGUUCGUCACAGCCUUCAAAGUGGCUUACAGUGAUGACGGAAAGUCCUGGACCAUGGUGAAGGAUGAGACCACAAAGACAGACAGGAUUUUCCCGGGAAACAGCGACAACAACGUGCACAAAAAGAACAUCUUCGAGCCGUCGUUCUACGGCCGAUACGUCCGCAUCCUGCCCUGGGAAUGGCACGAGCGCAUCACCCUGCGGAUGGAGCUUCUGGGCUGCGACGAGUAGCACCACCCUGAACCCAAAUCCCCUUCCCCCACCUCCCCCUUUUCUCUACUCC